AAUCAUCUAUAUAAACCCACCAUUCUUCUAACCAUUUCCACAAGAUUAAUCUUCUAUUCUCCAUUUUCCGGUGAUCAUAAUGGAGAAAACACAAACAAUUUAUCUUCUCUUUUUAUCGCUUUUAUCCAUAGCUACAAUGUCACAUUGUCGGGUGUUGCUUCAUGUUGACACACAAUCUGACAUUGGCGGUCCUCAAAUGGUUAUCCCACCUCCUCCCCCGCACAAAGUUCCAGAAUCUGAUGUUGGUGGACCUCAAAUGGUCAUUCCACCCCCUCCACCACAUCAUCAUCUUAAUUCAGACGUUGGUGGCCCUCAAAUGGUCAUUCCACCACCUCCACCACAUAAAUUUCCACAAUCCGAUGUCGGCGGGCCUCAAAUGGUGAUUCCACCCCCUCCACCACACCAUCAUCUUGAUUCUGAUGUUGGUGGGCCUCAAAUGGUGAUUCCACCCCCUCCACCACACCAUCAUCUUGAUUCAGACAUUGGUGGCCCUCAAAUGGUCAUCCCACCACCUCCACCACAUAAAUUUCCACAAUCCGAUAUCGGUGGGCCUCAAAUGGUCAUUCCACCCCCUCCACCACACCAUCAUCUUGAUUCCGAUGUGGGCGGCCCUCAGAUGGUUAUUCCUCCUCCUCCACCACACCAUUAUCUUGAUUCUGAUGUUGGCGGUCCUCAAAUGGUUAUUCCUCCUCCUCCACCACACCAUCAUCUUGAUUCCGAUGUUGGCGGCCCUCAAAUGGUUAUUCCCCCUCCUCCACCACACCAUCAUCUUGAUUCUGAUGUGGGUGGCCCUCAGAUGGUCAUUCCCCCUCCUCCACCACACCAUCAUCUUGAUUCUGAUGUUGGCGGUCCUCAAAUGGUUAUUCCCCCUCCUCCACCACACCAUCAUCUUGAUUCUGAUGUUGGCGGCCCUCAAAUGGUUAUUCCCCCUCCUCCACCACACCAUCAUCUUGAUUCCGAUGUUGGCGGCCCUCAAAUGGUUAUUCCCCCUCCUCCACCACACCAUCAUCUUGAUUCCGAUAUUGGCGGCCCUCAAAUGAUUAUUCCCCCUCCUCCACCACAUCAUAUUCACCUUUAAUUGAACAUCAUCGACAACCCCCAAAUGGUCAACCCACCGCCUACUCCUCCACAUGUUCCAUCUAUAAAUUAAUGUUUAGUGAUAUCGUAACGAUAAUCCCCUACCACCCUUAAAGCAACUUUUAUUGCAUGAAAUUUGAUCACAACUCUAGGUGUGUGAUGCAUUUCUUGUCACUUUCCUUGAAAUAUUGAGUAUGAUAAGUUAAUAUUAAUAAUAAUACUUACUCUUAUAAAUAUUAAAUAUCCA